CGAUCAAUCCCAAGCCCCACUCGGAGCCGAAUCCCCUCGACCACUGGACCGACCUGAGCUGGUCCGAGCUCACAGUCGCACUUGCUUCUUCCGUCUCAUCGUACAAUCGCCUCUCCGCUUCAAGAACCCCACAAUGACCUCUCUCGCCCCCAUCUCCGAGCCCUUUGACCUACUCCGUCUCUCCCUCUCCGAAAAGGUCUUUGUCAAGCUCCGUGGUGAUCGCGAGCUUCGCGGUACCCUCCACGCUUACGAUGGACAUGGAAAUCUAGUCCUCGCAAAUGUAGAAGAGACGAUUUGGAUGAUCUACGAUGAGAAUGAAGAGGUGGCAGAGGGACAGGAGAGGAAAUUGAGCAGUGUAACAAGGAAUAGCGAGAUGCUCUUUGUGAGGGGAGAUGGUGUGAUUCUGAUUUCACCACCCUCAAAGUCAUAAUCUUGCACAAGCGCAAGCUAAAUCCUAGCCAAUGCAGAGAUCACACGUCGUUCUCCUUCGCACCACACUAUUGUACAUUAGUCCACAUCCACUCUCCUUACGGCUUCUCACACAUACAGUGGUCAGAGCCACCUCAGGCAAUCCAUACCCGCAUCACGCGCAGUCAGUAGCACAGAAGAAGAAGAAGGCGAACGAUACGAUUUCUGUAAUAGCAAGACGGAAGCAAUAGAGUAGUGUAGGGCUGCAGUAGGCAAAGCCCGUACAGGGUCUGAAGAGUAACACUUCGAGGUAGAGAACGUCCAGCUCAGAUGCUGAACGCCAUGUUCAGAUCGAUGGGGUGAGAGCUCGACA